AGUAUUUGUUUCAAUCAGACUGGGGAUACUUACUCAUCCUGAGCACCUGAUCCCACCUUUGGUGCGUCCAUGGAUCCAUGUUGGCCCUUCCCUUCAUUUGUUUUUGUUUUUUCGGUAAAACUGUUUUGUUUGUCCUGUGGAAGAGACAGGUUCCCCCCCUCUCUCUCUCCAUGUAUCAAAUUUUAACUUUUGACAGUAUGAUCUUUCUGCUACAGUGUACUAUAUUUUUUUUUAAAUGUUUGAUUUAAAUUCUGUGUCUCACGUUUAUAUGUAUCAGAAAUUAUAACAUCUAACAUGCCCCCUAUCAGUAAGCGAAUUUCCAUACCGUUUAGUACACUUGUAUUUAAAAUAAGCAACACCGAUUACGUAAUCCUAAUUUUUUAAAUGUUUGAUCACGAAGUAUUUUGAUAACACUGAAUGCAUUUGCAUAAAUACUGCUAAACUCUUUCUACACAAUGAUAUUCAAUUAAGAUGAUUUUCAUAAUUUGUGCUUAUCAAUAUUGAAGAUUGAGGUGAAUAUCACCAAUCAAUGAAUAAUUUCAAUCGUAAAUUACAAAAGUACAAUACACAAGCAUUCUUUAAUGAAUAGUGGUUAAAGUUUCAAUAACAAUGACUUAAAUAUACUUGUGACUGAACGAUAUAAUAAUACUUUUAAAAAAGAAAUUCAUAGUACAUUUUAGGUCAUGUGGAAACGUUUUGUUUCCAUCGUGAUUGAUAUACCAUUGAUACAGCACUGAGAGGUUAAGGAUCACCGGAGUGAUGUAAUCAACUUUCAGUUCGCAUAUGUUGGUACUGGGGUUUUUUACCUGAGGAUUAUCUAAUCAAACCACCGAAAAUUUUCUGAAGGUGUUUCAAUUGUCACUGAAGAGCGCUAAAACCAGAUAAAAUUGCCAAAAAAUGUAACACCAGAAGAUGCCGUCCACUACACUCACGUGCCAGUUGUUUUCGUCAUUUUUCUUUAUCACAAUACUGACAUGUAUCAAUGUUUCCAGCGCCAAUAAGCAGGCGCUGAUGGCAUGUGAGGCUUCACGAGACACUGUAAAACAAGUACAGAAGUGUCCAUUGAACGAAGACCAAUGGCGUGAAGCCGCUCGUAGGAAAAAGUGCGAAGAAAUUGUACAGAAUUGCUCAGGUGGUCAUGAGUUCGUUUAUCAUUGCCUCAUCAAUUCAUGGGGAAAUGAGACCGUUGAAGUGUGCGCACUUCGAGCCAAUAUCAUAGGAAACUGCGCGGAGUACAAUGUGCUGGGAGCUGUAGUACAGGAUCACUACAGCACAGAGUGUACACAGUGUCCAGCCGUGUAUCCCUCGGACAAAGCCUUUUUAUAUCAGGAAUGCUACAAACUCGUUAAGAGAGACGACCAGGAAAAGAUCCACCCCGUCACAAGCGGAACGAAUCACAUUUCUUGUGCUAAAAGGAACGUGAGGAAUAUUGGUCUUUAUCAUGUACUGUCGUUUGCACUUGGCGGUUUCAUCAUAUCUUCAUUACAAUAAAAUUUAUAAAUUUCAAA